CUCAUUCCUGUCUCAAUAUGUCUCAAGAUGGCGGCCAAUGCAGGAUCGAUGUUUCAAUAUUGGAAGCGCUUUGACUUACAACAACUACAGAAAGAACUCGAUGCCACUGCCACACAGCUCGCCAACAGACAGGACGAGAGCGAACAGUCCAGGAAGAAGCUCAUUGACCUUAGCCGCGAGUUCAAGAAGAACACACCAGAGGACUUUAGGAAACAAGUCGCCCCUUUGCUCAAGAGCUUCCAAGGAGAGAUCGACGCCCUGAGUAAGAGGAGUAAAGAAGCAGAGGCCGCCUUCUUAAACGUGUACAAGAAAAUAAUCGAUGUCCCAGAUCCCGUACCUGUGUUGGAGCUGGCUCAGCAGCUGCAGCUGAAACUCCAGAGGAUGCACGACAUUGAGACGGAGAACACCAAACUUCGAGAGACACUGGAGGACUACAACAAAGAGUUUGCAGAGGUCAAAAACCAAGAGGUGACCAUCAAGGCCUUGAAGGAAAAGAUCCGCGAGUAUGAGCAGUCGCUGAAGAACCAAGCUGAGAAUCUGGCACAAGAAACACAGCUCCAGUUACACAAUGACUAUGCAGAGAAGGAGAGGAAACUCCAGGAGAGCCAAGACUCCAUGUCGUCACGGUUGGAAGAGGCCGAGCACAAGGCCCAGUCCCUCCAGACAGCACUUGAAACAACUCAGGCCGAGCUCUUUGAUUUGAAGACAAAAUACGACGAGGAAUCCUCAGCAAAGGCCGACGAGAUUGAGAUGGUGAUGACAGACCUUGAAAGAGCCAAUCAGCGAGCUGAGGUGGCACAAAGAGAGGCUGAGUCACUGCGGGAGCAGCUGUCCUUGAGUAACCAAUCCCAGCAGGCCGGCAGCCCGUCCAACAAGGCCAACCCCGACUCGCACGAGCAGGCUGCGGAGGUGGCAUCAUCCCACUCCAGUCUAGAGGUAGAGCUCAGGGCCAAAGAAAAGGAGAGUGCACAGCUCGUGGAGGACGUCCAGAGACUGCAGGCCAGCCUGACUAAACUCCGAGAGACCACCAGCACCCAGAUCACACAGCUGGAGCAGCAGCUCAACAGCAAGACCGCCGUUCUUAAGGAACUGGAGGAGAAACUUGAGAAGCAAGCAGACUAUGAGGAAGUUAAGAAGGAGUUGGGUAUUCUGAAGUCAGUCGAGUUUGGAACAUCAGACUCUGUGCAGGAAUCAUCCAAACCUCUGGAGGUGCUGUUGCUGGAGAGGAACCGUAGUCUUCAGUCCGAGAGUGCCGCACUGCGCAUUGCCAACGCCGAGCUCAGUGGGCCAGCCAGGCGGAAAGGGACAGAAGAAUCGACACCCAAGGAGGAAACCAGCGACCCCUCUUCUUCACCCCCUCCACCUCCUCCCUCUCUUCCUUCCUCCUCGCAGCCUCCCCUAUCUCGCACUCACACGGAUGCCCUCAACACUGCCACCACCACCAGCAGCGGGGAAACUCACCCCUUCACUCCCACGGGCAUUGGACAGGACUUCUACUCGCCGGUCUUCCCGCUGGUGGGUGGUAAGAUGGCUUUGAACUCCCUGAUCCAGAGGCAGCUGCUGCAGACCUUCUACUCCAAAGCCUUGCAGGAGUCAUCCGGGAUCCCCAGCGGGGCGCUGCUGUUCACCCCCUUCACUCCAACCCUCAGCUCCAUCCCUACCUCCACCCCCGGCUGCGGCUCUGCCGCCAUCCCCCUGGCAGCCAGCAGCCCACAGCCGCCCCCGGCCAGCCCGGACAUGGUUCCCGUUAACGGGAGCAGCACGGCCGGCAGCGCCCCGUCGCCAUCCCCAAGCCACUCCGAUGCCACUACAGGCAGCGUUUUGGACGGGGAGGACAUGGACACGGCGGAGAUUGCCCGGCAGGUGAAAGAGCAGCUGAUCAAGCACAACAUCGGUCAGCGCGUGUUUGGCCACUACGUGCUGGGACUCUCCCAGGGUUCAGUCAGCGAGAUCCUGGCCCGACCGAAGCCGUGGAACAAACUCACCAUCCGAGGCAAGGAGCCCUUCCACAAGAUGAGGCAGUUUCUGGCUGACGAGCAGAACAUCCUCGCGCUGCGCAGCAUCCAGGGACGGCAACGAGAGGGCUCAGGCCAGCCCCAGCUUAGCCGAGUGUUUCAGGAUGUUCCGAAGCGGAGAGCCAUCUCCAAUACAGCUUCACACACAGGGAACAUCACUGCUCGUGUCCGCACUCAAGACACAGGUUCAGAUGAGGCCAUCAAGUCCAUUCUGGAGCAGGCCAAAAGAGAGUUGCAAGUGCAGAAAGCCGAUUUGUCGCAUGUGCAACCCUCGUACGCAGGCCUGAAAGGAGGGGGUGGAAGCGGGCUCGGAGCUCGAGGGGGCAGCGGGUCAGACGAGGCCAUCCGCUCCAUCCUGGAACAAGCUCGCAGAGAGAUGGAGGCCCAGCAGGCUGUGCUGGAACCCAUCCUCAAAGCCUCAUCUUCCUCAUCAUCCCUAGCAUUGCUUUCUCAGAGGGACCUCAUGAGCUCACCGCUCACCGCUCCCCUUCCACCUUACAAUCCCCUGGCGCUCUCCCUCAAGAAGCCUCACAGCUCCCUGUUGUCCUCCCCCUCCUCCCCGUCCCCAGUGCUGGACUUCAGCUCUGGUAUCAAGAGGGAGGGCAGGCCCUCUUCGGGGAUCGACGUGUCAUCGGACGGCGCUCUCAGGCAGGGUCGGAGUGCCGAGGGGUCGGUACGCUCUGGGAAUGCUGCAGGAGGGGUGGGUUACUGGAGAGAGCAGUGGUGGAGCAACAUGAACAUGGACACCCGCAGGUCUGCAGUAGGCGAUGAGAACCACAACCAGGAAGACUCCAAAGAGGGAAUACUGAGUGACAGUCUGUCUCGAAACAAGCCGUGGAACAAGCUGAACCAGAGGAACCGGGAGCCAUACCUGCGCAUGCAGCCGUGGCUCAACGGAGAUCAGGGGCAAAACGCACAUGUCCAGCAAGCUCAGAACCAAGAAGGUACUCCCAAAACAUCGGCGAGCUGCAGCCCUGCUCCAGAGUCGCCUCUCAGUUCAGCUGAAGAGUCUGUCAACGGCCUAGCCGGCGAUCUGCUCACAUCGCAGUCGUCAGGUUUCAAGCCCUCCUCUGACGAUCCUUCAUGUGGGGACUCCCAGCCCGGCACCCCACUGCCUGUACCUGGUCACUCGGGUCUGAGCAUUCAGGAGAUGGUUGCAAUGUCUCCUGAGCUCGAUACUUACGCUAUUACCAAGAAGGUGAAGGAGGUGCUGACGGACAACAACCUCGGCCAGCGUCUGUUUGGGGAGACUAUCCUGGGUCUGACACAGGGUUCUGUCUCAGACCUGCUGGCCAGGCCCAAACCCUGGCACAAGCUCAGUCUGAAGGGCAGGGAACCUUUUGUCCGCAUGCAGCUCUGGCUCCAGGACCCGCACAGUGUGGAGAAACUCAUGGACAUGAAGCGACUGGAGAAGAAAGCCUAUAUGAAGAGGAGGCUGAGCUCCUUGAGUGACGGCCAUUCUGUGGAAGGGGGCCUAGUGGGGCCAGACUACAUGCAGGGCUCUCAGAGUCCGGGACCUCAGCAGCAUCUGAAGAAGCCCAGGGUGGUGCUUGGCCCCGAGGAGAAGGAGGCUCUGAAAAGGGCGUACCAACAGAAACCCUAUCCCUCGCCCAAGACCAUUGAGGAGCUGGCCUCCCAGCUUAACCUGAAGACCAGUACCGUCAUCAACUGGUUCCAUAAUUACAGGUCACGUAUCCGACGAGAACUCUUCAUUGAGGAAAUCCAGGCAGCUGGAGGGGUCGGGCCCGGCAGCGAGGGGGGCUCCCCUUCCCUCCGUGGGUCUAAAUCAGGAGAAGGGGACAGCUGUGACGGGACCGAGUCCGAGGGAACAGUAGAGGCGCGCCAGGGAUUCGGAGCCGGGUCAGAGGACCAUAGGGGAGCGUGCAAAGACCACGACAUGGAGGCCGAGUCUGAGGCGGGGGGCUCUAAUAAUUCCCCUUCCCAGAUAGACUGCAUCCCGCCCGGCUCCAGCUGCGGGACAGGCGGACUGGGGCUCUUCAGCCUCACGGACGCGUCUCCCAGUAGCUCCGCCUCGAGUACUAACAUCACGGCCAGAAACCCCAGGGACAACAAUCUGCGCAAGAAGAAAGCAGCCAACCUCAAUAACAUCAUUCACCGGCUGGAGAAGGCUGCCAGCAAAGAGGACCCCUCAGAGUGGGAGUUCUAGCCCCCACCCUAACCAUCCUUCGCCCCUUCUUGUCUCAUAACCUCACCACCUCUAACCUUGGACCCCUCCUGCUCUGUUCCAGUUGGAGAGUGGACACAGCCAAAGUCAAGCUCAGCAGCCAUUUUUACUAUAUACUGUAGCUUUCCCAAAAGAGGAAAGAAACAAAGUGUGGUUGGCAAAACCCUUAAAAAAAGAUUUACUGAAUACCUAGAAGAACAAAAUGAGAGCUUAAGUGUCUCUCCUUUUUUUUUCUUUUUUUUUUUUUAAAACAAAGUUUUGUUUUUGUACUGAGAAAAGCACUUAGCCGUCCUGCUGGCCUCUGGCCCUGCUGUACCUCCCCCCCUAUCACCAGCCACUGGUGCACCAUCAACUGGUUAGUCCCUAGCUGGUCGUCUGAUCCGCGGCCGGGCUCCGAAACCUGGACUGGGUAAAAGACAGGCGAGGCCUGUCGCAGCAGCUGUCCCAGUGAUAGACACUGCUAGAUGAUAGAUAAGAGACAGGAACUCUCUAACAAGAACUCACUUUUUUAAAGGAGAUCUUUUUCCGCUCUUCUUCUCACCUCCCAAGUGUCCACAAACCUCCCCUCACUCAGUGAGACGCCUCAUUUUUCACACUGUAGAGUGACUGUUACAAACCCUUUGCCUUUUUUCACUCACUGCGUGUGUGUGUGUGUGUGCUCUUUUUUUGUUUUUUGUUUUGGUUUGUUUAGGGGUUGUCAGUGUGUACCCGUGUGUGCGUCCGUGCAUGUGUCGUCUCUUCUGAGUGGCGGCACAUUUUGCUUUUGUAUCUCACUCCUACGCUCUUAAGAGGGUAGUGCGCCUGAGCUGCCAUGGUUACUGAUGUACGAACUUUGACCUGUUGUGUACCCCCGUUUUCUUAUCUCUAUCCUGCUGACAGCCAUGUGAUGGCCAGAAGGAUCACGUAAUAAUUUCUCGCAAACACACACUCGUCUGGAAAGGAAGGAGUGAAGGAACCCCUUGAGGUCUUUCUUUAAGGAAGAAGGACCUUAUUGUUCUUUCUUGUUUUUAAAAAAAAUUCAUAUUGCAAUUUGGUUGCCAAUAAGAGAUUGCACAGUCUUCUGACUCUAAAGAUAAAAAAAAUAGGGACUUUUAGGAAGCAUUUUAAUUAGUCAAAAAAUAAGCAGACAGUAAGAGAAUAACAUGUUUUUUUUUUCUUUCACAAAAAGCAAAUUAGGGUGGAAUAAUGUUGCAUUGUUGAAGAUAUGAUGAAUUGACGUAGUACUGUAGCUGUUUUUAUUUUAUCUUAUUUUUUUUUUAAUUAUUGUUAUUAUUUUUAAAGGUUGUGCACGUCACAGUUUGACCCAGCACUGGAUCUGCUCGGGUGUGUAUGUGUGUGUGUGUGUGUGUGUGUGUGUGUGUGUGUGUUUGUGUGUGUGUGUUUGUGUGUGGACUCGCCACCAGCUAAUUUCCUGUUCACAAACACACAUCUUUUUAUAGGCCAAAUCAGGAAGUGUGUGUGUGUCUCGUGCAUUUGUAUAUUUGCCUGUAUGUAAGUCAUGGUCGAGGUCAAUUCAUUCAGAGUUCAAUUUACAAAAAGUUAGGUUAUCAAGCAUAAAUGAGGUUCUGAUGAUUGGAUGAUUUUUUUCCCCCCCCGCAACGUAGAGUACUUUUUAGUUCGAAAGUGAGUUCCCUCCAACUAUGGUGUGAGUAGUUACACUCUCCUCUAGUCUUUCCUUUGUCCAGGGACAGUUGUCUUUUUAAAUUUAACAUUCAAUUCUACUGUACACACUACAAAUUUGAAGGCAUAUCAUCACCACCUCCUCGUCCCACACAAGCCCUCAGUGCCUGUCAGCCCACUGCCUCCCCUUUGUGUGUGCGUGUGUGUAUGUGUUUCCAAUGAGUGGGGGGGUUCAUAUUUCUACUUGCACACACGACUAGUGCACAACUGACACCCUUCUUUUUGAACUGUUUGACACGUUACCAUUACAUUAAUCUCACCAUGUAGUUUAAUACGAUGAUUUACUGUAGCUCGGUUUUAUUGCUUUUUAUUUUUGCAUUCAUAGAUUUUGGUUUUUAUUCUGCUUAUUUAUAGGUGCUGUAAUUUUUCAUUUAAUGUCUUAUUAUUUGAGUUGUCUAUUUUGUAAGGGAUUAUACUGUUCCUGAGGGCAAAUAACAUUUUUACUAGACGUUAUAGACUGCCGGCAGUAUUGGUUAUUUACAGAGACGUACUAGUUCUCAUUUGUUUGUAUAUUCAUGAAUUCUAAACAUUAAGUGUCAUUUCAAUACCUUUUUGAAUAAUGCGUUUGCCACACUUCGCGCCCACCCCUCAAGCUUUAUUAACCGUUAAGCUCUUGAAUGGCUAGAUCAAGAAUCGAAAAAAAACAUAUCAAGAUCAAUGAUGAUUGGAUAGCAUAUCUUUCUGUUUUCACGCAACAAUGUUAUCUUUGCGGCCGUUUCUUGGACAAGCUCAACGGAACGCUUGUCUUUAGAUAGAAUCCAUCCCCUCCUUCAUCGCCAUUAACUUGAUGAUCAGGUUCAAGUGUAUGCUUGUGUUCAUAUAGGUCAAAUGAAAUCACCGAAGAUGAGAAUACAUGAUGAAAAUAGGUCAUAUCUGCCAAAUUGAGAUUAGACAAGUUGUACCAGCUAGCAUGUGUGCAAGGCCACACAAGAAGAGCCAGCCUAUGAUUAUGCAGAAUUGUAAUCUAUAGCAGUCCGUAUAGCAAAGCACUUAUUAGGACAGGGUCUGUAAAACACUACACCAGAGUUACCAUCCCAGGCUACUGGGAAACUGAUGCCUUUUUUGUUUGUUUGCAAAAGUGGUUGAGAACCAAGCACAGACUCGAACACUAAAAUGGAAACAAAAACGUCAGCUCUUUUUCUACAUGAUAAACUGUGUCCUUACACAUAACUGCAUGUGACAGAAUGGGAACACGGCCAGUGUAGAUAUAAUUAGUAAGCACCUGAUUUGGUUUCUAGCCAGAAUCCUCUUUCUCAAGCUCUCUGUUCCCUUUCACACACACACAACAUUGUUGGUACCCUGCUGGUAAACAAAGAACAUUCAGAAAAUUUCACUGAAGCAGUUGACAAAACUGGAAUUGCCAAAAUGUGUAUUGGCAAGCCACAAAAUUUGUAGGUGAACAGAGGAGACAAAAUUGGAUCUGUUUGCCAAGUCACAUCCGCUCUUAUACAAAAUUUAAGCAUACAAAGACAAGACCACUGUACGUACUGUGCAACUUGGAAGAGACUGGGGCUGCUUUGUUAAACCUCAACUUCAGUCUCGUUAUUUCAGUUUCUAUUUUUUUUUCUUUAACAGAAGGGUACCAACAAUUUUGCCCACGUGCGUGAAUCCAUGGACACUAUAUGGACAAAGUAUUGGGAUACUUUCAGGUGGAGAAAAUGGAUGAAAAUAUUGAGUUUUAACACUCUUGAUUCAGUCUCUAGUUUGCGGGCUAAGGAUCUAGGCUACGACAACUCCUUUGGGCAGCAUUACACUGGCCUGGAAACAGGAGUUCACAACAUUCAUAGAUUCAACCGUCCCAUGAAAAUCCCUCAAUUAGUGGGCAUCAUCCACUUAAGACAAAUCCCUCCCCCAAAUAGAUAAAAUACUUUUCCCAACAUUUUCAUCACUGUUCAUAGAUGCUAUUUCUAACUCUGUUGGUAACCAAAACAGCAAUACUGCAUGUAAACAGUCUCCCAGAAGCAUUAGUGUGCAGUUUUUAUACAGUUAUGCUUAAUAGAAUUCAAAUACGCUGUUAUGUGAAGACAGCGUCUUUAACGACAGUUAGCGUUCCAAUAGAUCAGUCAGUUAUAUUCCAUACCCACCCAGCGACUGGUGAAAAUCAUAUAAAAAUAUUUUUUAUAUAGUUUAAGCCAGUGAGUCUUUUUUACACCCAGUACCUCUAAAAAAAUGUUUUAUUUAAACUUAGCUCUUCAAGUACUACCAUAAUGACUAAUAUUAAAAUACGGUACCAUAGUAGGCCCAAGUGUUGAUAAAAAAAUGAGUUUUUUCUGCCUAAAAAGCAGUUUUAAUAUUAUUGUAAGCCGCUAACAUUUUAUACAGUUUGAAAAUUAACACUGCGCUUAAUUGUAGAAAAAUAAAAAUAUGUACUUCAAUGAUUUGAUUAAAAUGUAUUGAGCAUUAAAGUUUAAUAGACAUUGUACCUAAAUGUUUAAAAACAAACUGUUGUAAAAUGCUAACUGCAAAUGUACUUAAAAGUUAGAUCCAACUAAACUGAACUGGACUGAACAAAUGUAGGGUAAUAUGUUUAAAAAAGAUUUUGUUCACUAACAUGCACACUUUAAACAUUUAAGUGAUCCUUUUAUGUAGCACUAGAGGGAGCCUGCGUACCACUAAUUGUACACAUUCCACACUUUGAGAAUCACUGGAAUAAGCCUUAAAAUACCCCUCCCACACACUUAAAACUUAUUAAACACAAAGUACACUUAUUAGAACACUAAAAAUAAAAUGCUUAAACUGUAUAGACAAUAUUGUAUGUAUAUUAAAAAAUAUAUAUAUCUUAAUCACUGCCAUUGAAGGCUGUUGAUUUCAAAUAUCCAUGUUAACAUGGAGGACUGGCAUUGAAUGAGUUUUAAGUCUGAAAAUACCACAACUCGCGCGCUAAUCAAAACAUUUUUAACAUACUGUACCUUUGUAAACGUAUUUGAGAAAAAUUAUUGUACAUCCGUGUUGUUUCAAAAACAAUAUUACUGGCCUCCUCUCGAAUAGACGCCUCCAUCUAUUUGCAAUUGCGUUAACAAACACCCCCACCAAUACUAUUUCUAUAUAUUUAACAGGAUAAUUGACAGUAAUUUUUUAAAAUCUUCGAAAAACAAGAAAAAAAAUUCAAUAAAGAAGAAGAGUCCUGGUUGGCACGGUGGGCGACUGGUUAGCACAUCUGCCUCAUAGUUUGAAGAACUGGGGUCCAAAUCCGCCUCGCCUGUGUGGAGUUUGCAAUGUUCUCCCCAUGCCUGCGUGUGUUUUCUCCGGGUACUGUUUCCUUCCACCUCCCAAAAACAUGCAUGCUAGGUUAAUUGAAGACUCUAAAUUGCCCGUAGGUGUGAAUGUGAGCGCGAAUGGUUGUUUGUCGAGAUGUUCCCUGCAAUUGGCUGGCGACCAGUUCAGGGUGUACCCCGCCUCUCGCCAAAAGAUAGCUGGGAUAGGCUCCAGCACGCGACCCUAGUGAGGAUAAGCAGUACGCAAUAUGGAUGGAUUGAUGGAUGGAUGGAUGGAAGAGUCCAGUUGCCUCAAUUUAACCUUUCAAAAAAAAAUUUUUUAGCAGGCACAUUAUUUUUUAUUGAUAUUCUGACCGUAUGUUAAACAUGACUUGGGCAAUUUUGCUAAAGAUUUGUAGUAGUUAAAAAUAAUAAUAAUCACAAUUGUCGUUUAAGGAAAUUUCAAUUGCAUUUCAACUCCUGAUUGAUAUAUCGAUUAAGCCAAAUCUCACUAUUUUUGUCCAUAUAGUGAAGCCUGGUCAAAUGCACUGCAUUUAAAUCAAGAUGUUUCUAUAUGUUUUUAAGUAGGGAAAGAAAACAAAUCUCCCUCAAACUCUCUGUUCUCAUGGAUGCCAGGUGUCAAACAUUUGUGUCCCCUCAGAGCGCCUUGGGCCCGCGACCACACAGCACAUCUCGUAGCCCCACUGUAACCUUUGUACUAAGCACUUAACCCAUUUUAGCCGUCUCCUCAUCAUAUGUCUUCCCCACCCAAAAACAGCAUGAGAUCAUCAGAUUUGUGCCUUUAACUGCCAAGCAGGGCACCAAAACGUUGUGAUGUCGUUGGAUGUGUGCGUCUAGACAGUGUCGUCUCUGAUCUGCAUCGAUUACUCCCCAGCCCCCCGCAGACCUGUAUUUCUCUCCUGGGGAGGGUUGCUGGAAGGAGAUAAUGAGCUUGUGUUGUUCUGAUCAAUUUGGGGUUUUAUCGAACAGUUGCUUUCCCCAUUCCCCUUUUGAUGUUGUACAUACCUAACAAGCAGAAUGAAGGAGGAUGCACGCCGAAAAACAGCAGACACUGUAAUAACACUGAAUUUAUUCAUAGGGCAUUUUUUUUGAAAAUUUUUUUGUUGGGUUUGUCUUCUCCUUCUGUUCUGUGUCAGGUUUUGCUGUGACGUCACUGCAGGUAUUGAGAUGACGUGUGCCAACUAUUCGAAGAGGAAGAAUAAGAAAAUUGUAAAUAUGAGUCGGCGGUCAAGUAGCUACGGAGUCACUUAGUGUCACAGUGUGCUUUUGUUUGGAAAGGCAGGACAAGAGAAGGGACGAUUCAGGACUUUUUUUCCAUGAUCCACAGAUAUUUUUCUACAAAUUUAAAGAUCCAGAUGAUUCUAUACACUGUUGAAUAACAUUGUAAAGGUGUAACAGAUGCUGUAUAUCAUAUCAUUUUUUUCUGAAGUCGUAAAGCUUUACUGUAUGAUCUGUUUUGAAGUAGUGCUUAUUCUUUUUUUUAAUAUUAUUGUGAUGGAAGCCUGGACAGCAAGCAGCACUGGUCACCCUAUUCAGGAACACUUAAAAAAAAUACAAAAUUAAAAAUAAAAUAAAAAAUUGUAAAAAAAAAAAAGAGAGAGAAAAACCUCAAGAUGUUUUUUUUUGUAAUAAUAUUAAUACUGUUAGAAUAUAUCUUAUGAAGUGGGUUUUUGUAAGGAAUCACUUUUUUUCCCCCUGACGCAGCAGUGCUGUUCGCAUAGCACACACUCGGUAGUCGAUACACACCUAAAUACAGCACAAUACACUCAUCCUCUUCACUUUGCUCGUGUAUGUUUCCUUUUCAUUUUGUUCAGUCAUUUCCUCGCUCUGUUUCCAAGCUCAACAUUUCAAUGUAAAAAAAAAAAAAAAAAAAAAGAGGAAGCAAAAAGCCAAAUAGUGAUGUAGUCGUCCACCUUUGUUUGCUACCUUGUCGUCUCCCCUCAUCCCCUCCUGCAGCUUCCUCCACAGUGUAGACGUGACAACCAAAUGACCCGGGGAGCGAACUUCAGCCCUCCCCCACAACUUUGGAAAGCUUUUAAGA